GGGGAGGCAGGUAGAAACCCUGCAGGACCCGGUGAUGACAGGCUGUCCGGCUCCCUGGAUGUGACCAGGCCUGGGGAACAGGGCAUGGCGCAGGCACACAGGACCCCUGGGCCCAGGGCUGUCUCUGGCCAGCCCUUUGUGUUCAAGCUGGUUCUCCUGGGAAGUGGCUCCGUGGGUGCAUUCUUCACAAAGGUGGUGAAUGUGGGUGCCUCCUCUCUGAAGUUUGAGAUCUGGGACACAGCCGGCCAGGAGAAGUACCACAGUGUCUGCCAUCUCUACUUCAGGGGCACCAACGCUGCGCUUUUGGUGUAUGAUGUGACAAGGAAGGAUUCUUUCCACAAGGCUCAGCAGUGGCUGAAGGACCUGGAGAAGGAAGUCCACCUGGGAGAUGUCGUGGUGAUGCUGGUCGGCAACAAGACAGACCUCAGUGAGGAGCGGGAAGUGACAUUCGAGGAAGGGAAGGAGUUUGCUGAGAGCCAAAGCUUGUUGUUCAUGGAAACUUCGGCCAAACUGAACCACCAGGUGUCUGAGGUCUUCAGCGCCGUGGCCCAAGAACUGCUGCAGAGAGAAGUCAGGGAGGCCCAGGCUCCGCAGGGGGAUGCAGCCAUGGUUCUGAAUGAGGGACCCACAUGGCAGGCCAAAUGCUGCGCCCACUAG